GCUGUGGAGAAUAUCUGAGAGCUGCAGAGAUGGCAUCUGGUGACGUGUUUAUUGCGUCUUGGUUAACGUCAAAUGUGGAAAGCGCUCCUUUAUACUCCAUCAAAUCGGAUGAACUGCGCAAGAGGUUUAACUCUCACCAUGAAGAUGCCCACAAAUCUCAAGUAGUACUGUGGGGAAGACAAUUCGAAAGUUGUUUCCAAAUGUAACGGUAUAUAUAUAUUGAUGGGAAAGUGUCUGGAAAAGGAGCACAUGCUUACAAAGGAAUUAGAUGGACAGACAAUACAAAUGACAAAAAAAUACAGUGGACUGAACUUCCCAAUUGCAUUCCAAGGAAAGCCAUUUGCCUACCACAGCAUCACUUGAAUGCACUUUCGAUUAUGGUGCCAACCACACAAAUUUGUAAUGGCAACAGAACUGUGAAAGAAAUUACCUUCUUCUGUGAUUCAUUGACUUGGCAUUUAAAAAUUCGUGGAAAACUAGUGAAUCUCAGUAAACUAGGACUGGAUUGUCAUUUCUCAUUGACCACCAAUGCUAUCAAGAACAUUGUUGAAGUCGCAGACAAAAUUCGACUUUGCAGUGGAGUAAGCACUACAAGAGAUGAGUUUAUGAAUGACACCAAACAUUUCACUGAAGAACUCCUAUCUGUACUUGGUAAUGAAAAUGCUGGAAAUCUGUAUGUUCGUUCAAAACACUGUUGUCAAGUACUGCCAUGGUGUUCACAAGAAUGCUGUAGAACUUGUCAAACUACGUGUUCACAAUACCGAGCAAAACAUUUCAAACUUGAACAAACCAUACAGAUGUCAGAUAUCGUUCUGGAUGCACAAGCGGACACAGUUGAUGAUAUAGAGCUGAAUGAAGUUGAUCAUGUUGACCUUGUGAAAAUAAUGGACAAAGUAUUACCAAAUGCACCAGAACACAUGAAGGUGUUGUUCCAGGCACAACAUAAAGCUUUAACAGCAAAGACCCCACGCAGCAACCGUUGGAACAAGCAGCUUAUUAGCACAUGCCUGACUUUAUGGGUGAGAAGCCCAAAGCCUAUGCAGAUUUGACAGACAGUAAGAUGUUUGCUGUUGCCAUCCGGAAGACAAACUGAGAAGGUACAAGAAUUGUAUUCCGCAGGAGUCAGGCAUCAACGAUCAAGUGCUGAAAUGGAUGAGGGCAGCGGCCCAAGAAGCCAAGGUUCCAGACCAUGGAUGGGCAGGUGGACUUCAUCAUGAUGAGACUAAAAUUCAACAGGAUCUUGUUCUAAUCAUGAUGGGGGGGAAGCCUAGUCUGACCGGUUGGAUAGAUGUUGGAGAAGAAGCAGGCAACCUCAGAAUGCUGAAGGAAGGUUGUGUGAAGCAGACACUUGCUUCUGAAGUCAUACAGUUGACUUUUAUGGGAUACACUGGAUUCCGUUUUCCACUCUGCCAUUACCCUACGGGUGGAGUAAAAGCAUCAGAACUGCACAUCAUCAUAUGGGAUGCAAUUGCCAAACUAGCGGAUUGGGGCUUUACGGUGGAUUUCAUCAACCAGGACGGAGGAGAAGAAAAUCGCCAAUUUGUCAAAUCUCACUUCGAUGGCGACCCUGUGAAAGCAAGCUAUGCUUCCCCGAACUUGGCCGACCAGACACGAAGUGUUGUGCAUACUCAAGACUUUUCCCACAACAUCAAAAAACUCAGAAACGCCAUUCUAAGCAGUGGUGAAAUCAAGGGUAAGCACACACGGAAGCUGAUUUGCAAUGACAAACCGAUAGUUUGGCAACAUUGGAUUGAUGCAGUAGAAUGGGACAGAAAUGUAAACAGUCGGCCUAUUUACCACAAAGUGACAGACACACAUUUGCACCCAUCUGGUUCUGAGAAAAUGAGGAAUCAUUUAGCCGAGCAGAUGCUUAAUGACGAAAUGUUCCACCUUAUGCAGUGUUUCCAAAAUAGUCUAGAAGACAAGAACGCAUCACAACUAACCAGUACAAUCGAACUUCUGGAGCAUUCAAGCAAACUCAUAUCAAUAUUUCGUAGUAAGAAACCAAUCAUCAGCAUCAGUGAUGACCGAUUUCAUAUUCUGUCACAAGCUCUCAGGUGGUUCCAAAUGUGGAGAAACAACGUCAGGUCAAAUACCACACUUACAAAUGGAGAAAUGAGCAGAAUGCUUCCAUCAACAGCUUGUCUGGAUGACAUGAUAUGUAUGCUGGUCACAUUCCCUAAAGUAUGUCAGAUACACCUGAGCGAGUACAAGACUGGCAGUGUCAGCCCCUCGCGGUUUAAUAAUGACAUUGCAGAAAACAUGUUCUGCCAGCAAAGGGGAUUGCAUAAUGGGAAUGCCACAAACCCGAAUUAUGCCACCUAUCGUACCACUGUGAAUUCAGUCCUGUUAGGACAGUCAUUGUUGUCGAGGGGUAGAAAAUCAAAUGCUGGGCUGAAAGCAGCUAAACCGUAUAACCAUUAUGUUACAGGACCAGUAUGUAAACGAGCAAAGAAAACAAUAUGUAAACCAGCAAAGAAAAGCAAGUCUAAACACUGCAAGACAAGAAAGAUCAGAUUGUAGACUUGCUGACCUGCCGCUGUACAUUUGUAUUUAUUAGGUUUACAGGAAAUUCUCAGAAACUCAGUGUCAGUGAUUAAAAGAAAAAAAUAAUUAUUUAACACAUUCUUGAAUGUAUGUAAUCGAAGACCAUUUGUAUCCACAGACUGACCACAGUUUUAUCCUGUUUAAAUUUAGUAACUGCUUAUCUGGGAAAGGUUGGUAAUUUAUUUAUACACAAAAUAUUUGUAUUAAUAAUUCAAACAUCCCCAAAUUCAGAAAAUAUAAUUAUUGUUUACUCUAUCAGUAUCGCAGUACUAUUACACUAAGACUGGGUGUGCAAGGCGCCUAUAUGUGUGAUGGUGUGUCUUGCCUAUAGCCAUAAUAUUACUAAUUAAGGCUGUCCAGCUCCCUAUACAUUUGAAGAUUUCUAUGUUUGACUAAAAUUCAUAUAACUGUGAGAAAAUCAACUAAGCGGUUAUUUCGUGUAAAGAAUUAGUGUAGAAAUGUAGCAAACUGUGACUUAUUCCUGGGUUUCUCACAAUAUUAACUUGUUAUUUGUUAAAAUGUAUUCGCAUAACAUUACUUUGAUGAUAUAUGCAUUUAGUUGGAGACCAAAGUCAUUAUAGUGUGAUGCACACUCCGUUAAUAUUACUCGUGACUGUAUUAAGAAUUAGGGCAUUUACCAUACAUUUUGUUCAUGGGGUAUUGUAAAUCUAAUAAAUAAAAGUCUGGCCUAACAUGGCAAUUACAUGCUCAUUAUGGGUCACAAGGGGUCUAUGACAGUGUUCAGUGGGUAGACAGAUCUGCUGAGUGAUCAACUGUUUAAACGUUAAAGCAAUGUUCCCACACCACAUGCAAACAAACGAAUGGGUUUUUUAUAUUGGACACUUCAAAUUAUUAUUCGGAGAUAAGUUAAUUUUAUCUAAGAAAACUGAGAAAAAUCUUGUAUUGUGAACAUCAAUACAAGAUAAUGUAAUAGACCUAUUGUCACUUACAACUUGUCAGUGGUAAUAAAUAUCAUGUAACAAAGAGAACCACGCCAUUGUAUGUGAUGACGUCAUUUCCAUUGCUACAUGUCAUUGCUUACCCCGGACAUGUUAUAAAAUGGCAAAGCGACUGUUAAUAGACAUUCCCCACCGAAAUAGUGUUUAAUGUAUAUAAAAAUAUUUUGUACGACUGUUCAUUCUCAUAUAAUCAUACAUCAUAUAUUCUCAUAUAUCAUAUUCUCAUAUUGUCAUAUAUCAUAUAUAUAUUAUCUUAUAUGAUAUAAUCACUUAGAUAAUCACCAUUAUUCAAUGCAUAUGCUAUACCUGGCAUAUCCAAAAGAUGAUCAGAGUUGCAAACGCCGACAUCGUAAUUCAGGGCAAACAGCUUCACAGGUGGAUCACCGGGUGGUAAAGUGCGAUGCAAUCUCUGAAUCAAGUUGCUCGUGUCCGUCGACAAUUCCCCUCGGCUGAGCUCCUGUACAGCCGUAACCAGAUCAUCUGAAAAACACACAAUAGAUUAUAGUCAUUAACCCUGUGCGCGUUAAAUGUGUAUAAACAAGGACAUUUUAAGUACAUCUAAUAUAUUAGUAAUUGUAAUUCCUACUACGUUCUUCUGAAGUUCUGUGUUCAAAAACUAUAUUAUAUGGAAAAUAAAUUUUUUUCAAUUUUCA